CUAGCUAUGGCCAUGGCCAUGAGCGCUUCUCCCCUCCGUACCCCCAAUGGCUCGUCUCUGCGCAUGGCGCGCCUGGCCUUGAUCGGCCUCUGCCAUGCUUUCGCGCCCAUGGUCGCCGCGCUUCCCAUGCCCUUUGGCGGCGCCGCAAUCGCCCUCCACCAACUCCACCAAGCCGACGAAGACCUGCCCAAGGGCGCCGAUGACCCCCAGCUCUGGCUGUUCCUAGGCAUUGCCGUCGCCUUGGUCCUGGCAGGCGGUGUUUUCGCCGGUCUGACCAUCGCCCUCAUGGGCCAAGACGAAAUCUACCUCCAGGUCCUUGCUUCGUCGGGCGAGAAACACGAGCGCAAAAACGCGAAAAAGGUGCUCAAGCUGCUCGAGCGCGGCAAGCAUUGGGUCCUGGUCACGCUGCUGCUGAGUAACGUCAUCACCAACGAAACGCUGCCCAUCGUGCUCGACAGGUCCCUCGGUGGAGGCUGGCCUGCAGUCGUUAGUUCCACUGUACUUAUUGUCAUCUUCGGCGAGGUCGUCCCCCAGUCGAUAUGCGUUCGCUACGGCCUCCCCAUUGGCGCAGCCAUGGCACCCAUUGUCCUUGGUCUCAUGUACAUCAUGGGUGUUGUCGCCUGGCCCACCGCCAAACUUCUCGACUUUCUACUCGGCGAGGACCACGGCACCGUGUACAAGAAGGGCGGAUUGAAGACGCUGGUCAGCCUGCACCAGUCGCUCGGACUUGAGCAUGAACGCCUCAACGAAGACGAGGUGACCAUCAUCACCGCCGUUUUGGACCUCAAGGCAAAGGCCGUGGGUAACAUUAUGACGCCCAUGAAGGACGUCUUCACCAUGUCGUCCGACACAGUUCUGGACGAGAAGAUGAUGGACAGCAUUCUCUCUGCCGGAUACUCGCGUAUCCCAAUCCACACCCCCGAGAACGAGAACAACUUUGUCGGCAUGCUGCUUGUCAAGAUGCUCAUCACCUAUGACCCCGAGGAUGCACUCCGCGUACGCGACUUUGCCUUGGCUACCCUUCCCGAGACGCGCCCCGAGACCAGCUGUCUCGACAUUCUCAACUUCUUCCAGGAGGGCAAGUCCCACAUGGUCUUGGUGUCGGAAUAUCCUGCCGAGGCUCGCGGAGCUGUUGGCGUUGUCACCCUCGAAGACGUCAUUGAAGAGCUCAUUGGAGAGGAAAUCAUUGACGAGUCCGACGUCUUCAUUGAUGUCCACAAGGCAAUCCGCCGCAUGGCGCCCGCCCCGCGCGCCCGCGUUCCCCGAGGCAAAAUCAUUAGCGACAUCUCGCGCAAGGCAUCCGAAGCUCUAGGCACUGACAACGAAACGGAUGGCGAACAGAACGGCUCAGCCGCCCGGCGCAACAGAUCACUACCUGAAAUGCCCGACGGCCACCCCAAGGCUUCUUUCGUCCUGCGACGUCGUAGCAGCGGUAGUAAGGCGCCCAUGUCGCCUCUGCGCAGUGACGAUCCUUCGGUUAUUGAGCAUCUGAAGCACCUCGGCCCCUCCAACGCCGCCACCCGACCUAAGCAAACCCGCAUCAACACGGUCAAGAUCAAGCCUGGAGCGGCCAACAUGGCAGGCCCAGACAUCCCCAAGACGAUACCAGAACACGACCGGGGACCAGCUGAAACCACGCAUAUUGGUUCCGUGACCUCCCAGCAUUCGCACGCUCCCGAGGGCGGAGUUGGCGAAGGCCUGUUGGCAUCCGCUGGGCGAGAGGCGAGCGACGGCGUUCAUAGUGUGGCUGUGGGAUAUGGCACAAUGGCUUCAAAUGGCGACCGUAUGUCUUGGAGGUCUGGACGGUCUGGACGGUCUGCUACAAGGGCGUAUGGCGAUGCCUCUACUUCGCCCAAGAGCAGGGGCGGUGACAACGAAUCUUCCCGCCAACUAGGCAGGAGUGGUACCAGCGAUAAUGGUCGUUCAAGAGGCCGGUCCCGCUCUGUCAGUACCAUUGCCUCUUUACACUCGGUUCGUACGCGCUCCAACAGUCCUGUCAGACGCCAUACUGCUCGGAGUGGCAGUAUUUCCGAGAACAUUGUCGAUGUCAAUGGUAUCAAGAAGAUUGUUCUCGAAACCACGAGCUCUAGCGAUUCGGAAGACAAGGCUGCCGCUAAACGUGCCGACGGUCAUGACGACAAGCACUCGGAGACGGAAUCGUCGCAUGCGGGUGGCAAAGGCGGGAACAAGAAGAGGAGAAAGAAGCGCGGUAAGAAGAAGAAGAAGGGCGGCGCUGGAGACAGCCACGAAACGCAACCCCUGCUUGAAGACAAGUAAAAAAAAAUUUGAACGUCUCCGGGGCAAUGUCGUUAAUCCAUGUUUUUGCCAGGCAUUCUAAGCAACGUCGACAUAUCUCUUUUCAAUCGUAUUGGAGUUGGGCGAUUCAAUCAGCAGCAGCCAUCGACAUCUUCGCAGGCAAUCUGCACCGGGAAUGUGGUUGAGAACGUUUGUCAUUAUUAGGUUUCGGGUGUCUUCUUUUUCUCUCUCUCUCUCUCUCUCUCUCUCAGUUGAACAUGGUUUGUACGAUUAAAGUAGUGGGAUGUUUUCCUAGUGAGAUGCCGUGUGUACGAGGAAAGCUUUCAAAGUCUUGUUCUUUGUUAUUAUUUUUCGAUUUGCAUUCACCGAAAAAGAUAUAUGAUAGCGUGAUAGUAUAUUG